GACGUGGACAGGGUCAGAGGACAAGGGUCAGGGUUCAGGUGGCGUGUGAGACGCGUGUUGCUGGGUUAGUGUGGAUCGCUUUUGAAAGAUGCCGAACGCAAAAGGGAAAAACAGGAGGAAGAAGUUCAAUUAUAAUAUCAAUCGGAAAAGACUCAAACGAAGGAUGCAGAAGAAAGCGGCUCCGCGGAUCGAGUGUGCACUGAUAAGAAAAGCAUGGGACAACAAGAGAACAGUUGCUCAGAAUAUGGCUGACAUGGGUAUAGCAUCCGACCCAAACCGUGCCAUUCCCAUUAAGAAGAACAAGGAACAUAAAAUGGAAACUGCCUCGAUAAAUGAGAAGCCAGUUGUUAUUAAGCCGUAUGUUAUCAAUGGGCUUGAAGCAGAAGCAAACAUCCCAGAAGUAAAGAAGAAUACCCUCUCCAGAGACAUGAUUGAUUACGCUCGGCAUAUGAUUGAGAACUACAAGGACAAUUACAAGGCAAUGGCGAGAGAUGAGAUCAAUUAUUACCAGGACACACCAAAGCAAAUCAAGAGAAAAAUUGAAUCUUAUAAACGUUGCUAUCCAGAUGAAUAUAAUGCUUUGGUUGAUUCUAUGCAGAUAAAGAUGGAUACAGCUUGACUUGGCAUCUUUUUAAAAAUUUGGACUGUAGUAUUCUGCAAAUACCGUCUUGAAAGGAAUUUCUUCUGUAAUUCAACUCUUGCAUACUAUUCCACUUGCAAAUGAAUGGUGUUCUCUCCAAUGAAUUAUUCAUAUAAUGGAGUGUCAGUACCUAUUUGUUAAUUUCUAUUCCUAGAAGUGAGUGGUGUGGCCUAUCAGUUGUCAGUAAAAUUACAGAUCUACAAUUGAUUGCUUCAAGGAUUGAUGUAUGUGUUCAAGUUUGAUUCUGAGGUUUAUAAAUGUAUUUGACUUGCAGCUAUACUAUUAUAUACAAAAGUAUAAUAAAAUAUUUUAUAACAUUGA